AUGGAUCGUAAAUCAAACCAGAACGAUGAACAAUUCACAGAAAGGUCAAAAUCAAUGUGUUCAUUACAAAAUGAGGGCGUUAAAGAGAUCACUUUCCCCAGCUGUAGAGGAUAUAGCCGCAGGAUAAGUGAUUCGUCAGUGGAGAUAUACAUUGUCAACGAUUUUGAGUCUGAUGUCUCAUUGGGAGAUGCUAAACGGAUGCAGGACAGCGGAUUGGGUGAUAAGUUGCCGCUGAACAGUGAAAGGUACACCGUUUUGGAACAGAAGAUUGAUAAGCUGAAUGAUUUGUUCUUGGAGCAGUGUAGUCUGCUGCACGCGAUACAGGGAGAGAUCCGCGAGUCGAUGUCCGCUAUAGAAAACUCCGGUCAACUCAACAACCAGUAUUCAAUUGAUUUAAUAUCAAAAUUUUUUAAUCAGAGUAAAUUAAUGGAACAAUCAAGCAUAAAACAAGCAGAAGUUAACUGCUCUGAAGAAAAGACGAACAGCCGGGCUAAAAGUCUACUCGAUGCCAUAGAGUUCAAGCAGGCGUACUCUCUGGACAGCGAAAUAAAGGACGCGAUGACAAAAUUCCUGCAGAGCGAUGAUUUAAAAAAGAGCAUGUUGGCGGCAACUGCGAGCUCAGUCAAAAGUGUCAUAGAGAAGUGCAUCACGCAAGACAUGUCUACGUUGUACCUGCCCGUGCUGGAAAGGUCGCAUCGGCGACUCGUUAAACAUGUCACCAAGGCUGUGGAGGGGGCCUUCACUGAAAUUGAAGAGAAUUCGGGCUCGUUCACCAGACACGCGCAUAAAACUUGGCGCGCUCUACGGAACGCCCUCGACCAGCACCGACAUCUGUUGGAGAAUCACACAAACAGGGGCAACCUCCUACAUACUCUACAAUAUACUGUUGAAGAAUUACUGAAAAACGAAUUAAUGGAAUGGCGACAGAAGGUUCUGGAAGUGCUGUCAAUAAAUGCACCUGACUGUAUAUUGGAAGAACUAGAACCGUGCACCCCGCCGCUGGAAUGUGCGCCCGUGAGCUCGCCGCAGCCAGCUGGCACUGAAUUGUCUAUUAUAGACCAAAUGAUGCAAACAGCAGAAAUAAACAAGCUAAUCGAAGAUGGCGACGUCAACAGCUCAUUUGAGAAAGCACUAUCAGCAUCAGACUUGGGUCUGGUGAUGACUGCAUGCCGCGCUGCUGACCCUGCGACGGUGUUCGCAGCGCCAUGUAAACUGGAACAGUCGGUCCUUCUGUCAUUGAUACAGCAGCUGGCUACUGAUAUGGUGCAUGACACGCAGCUGAAGUGCAGAUAUUUGGAAGAUGCUAUUAUACAUUUAAAUACUGCGGAUCCCGCCACCAGAACUCAUUUGCCGCUGGUUGUCGGUGAAGUGCGGAAACACCUCAAGAUGUUUCUUAAAUCUUAUCCAAGUCACGUGGCCGGUCGCAGAGUUACAUUGAUUGUUAUGGCUUCAGAUAAUUUAUUGAAAUAA